AUGCUUGAGUUCCUAGACAAUUUCCACGCCGAUUUGGCUACACGGGAUUGGGAAAUAGUCGUCACCUCCUCCUGCGGCCUCCAGAGGGCGCGCAGAAACCGGCUAAGCGCCGCCGCUUCCACUCGCGUCCUGAAGAGGGCGACCCCCGCCUAUGUUACAACGAGGCCUCCCAGUGUUCCAAGCGCGCUUGGGAUCUUUGUGGCUUCGGCCUACUGUUUCCACACGGACAGGAGCGUGGAGAAGGAAACACCAAUCAUGUCGAAAAGCCACAAGCCGUCUUCACUGGCCUUUGGGCAGGCAGUGAUCGGGCCUCCUGGCUCAGGGAAAACCACAUACUGCCUUGGCAUGCAGGAAUUCCUUUCUGCAAUUGGGCGGAAGGUAGCUGUGGUGAAUCUGGAUCCAGCCAACGAAGGGAUUCCCUACCAAUGCGCUGUGGAUAUAUCUGAGCUGAUCACCUUGACAGAUGUAAUGGAGAACUUGAAGCUGGGACCCAAUGGUGGCUUAAUCUAUUGCAUGGAAUAUCUGGAAGCUAAUUUUGACUGGCUGCAAGAAAAACUAUCUCAGUUUAAGGGGCAUUACUUCUUGUUUGACUGCCCAGGACAGGUGGAACUUUGCACCCAUCAUAGCUCACUGAGAAACAUCUUUGCCCAGCUUGCCAAGUGGAACUUCAGGCUGGCUGCUGUUCACUUGGUGGAUUCUCACUACUGCACGGACCCCGGCAAGUUCAUCUCCGUUCUCUGCACCGCCCUCUCCACCAUGCUGCACGUGGCACUGCCGCACGUUAACGUCCUCUCCAAAAUGGACCUGAUUGAACAGUACGGAAAACUGGCCUUCAAUCUAGAUUAUUACACAGAGGUUCUGGAUCUUUCCUAUCUGUUAGACCACCUGGCUUCAGAUCCAUUCUUCAAGAACUACCAUCGGCUGAACCAAAAACUUGUGGAGGUGGUUGAAGAUUAUAGCUUGGUCUCCUUUGUUCCCCUCAACGUGCAGGACAAGGAGAGCAUGCGGCGCGUGAUGCAGGUGGUGGACAAAGCCAAUGGCUACUCUUUUGGCAACUCAGAGCAAAGGAGCCUCCAAGCCCUGAUGUCUGCGGCAGUGGGAGCCGAUUUCCACUUCACGUCCACUCUGGCAGUCCAGGAGAAGUAUAUCCAACCACAGGAGAGCACCGUGAAGCAGGAAGACAUGGACAUUUAGCAACACGCUUGCAGCUGGGAGCAGGCCACCAAGGAAGGAUAAC